GUCCGGGGCACUUCCGGGGCGCUGACGUGGAGCGGCGGCGGCGGCGGCGGAGGAGAUGCUGACCAAGUUCGAGACCAAAUCCGCUCGGGUGAAAGGGCUCAGCUUCCACCCCAAGCGGCCCUGGGUGCUGAGCAGCCUGCACAAUGGAGUGAUCCAGCUCUGGGACUACCGAAUGUGCACCCUGCUGGACAAGUUCGACGAGCACGACGGUCCUGUCCGUGGCAUUGACUUCCACAAGCAGCAGCCUCUGUUCGUGUCUGGGGGAGAUGACUACAAGAUAAAGGUCUGGAACUACAAACUGCGUCGCUGCCUCUUCACCCUGCUGGGCCACCUGGACUACAUCCGCACCACCUUCUUCCACCACGAGUAUCCCUGGAUCCUGAGUGCCUCUGAUGACCAAACCAUCCGGGUCUGGAACUGGCAGUCCAGGACUUGUGUUUGUGUGCUGACAGGACACAACCACUAUGUGAUGUGUGCCCAGUUCCACCCCUCCGAGGACCUGGUGGUGUCUGCCAGCCUGGACCAGACUGUUCGUGUCUGGGACAUCUCUGGCCUGAGGAAGAAGAAUCUGUCCCCUGGCGCCGUGGAGUCAGACGUGAGGGGGAUCACAGGCGUGGACCUGUUCGGCACCACGGACGCGGUGGUGAAGCAUGUGCUGGAGGGCCACGACAGGGGCGUGAACUGGGCUGCCUUCCACCCCACCAUGCCCCUCAUCGUCUCGGGCGCCGACGACCGGCAGGUGAAGAUCUGGAGGAUGAACGAGUCCAAGGCCUGGGAGGUCGACACCUGCCGAGGUCACUACAACAACGUCUCCUGCGCCGUCUUCCACCCGCGCCAGGAGCUCAUCCUCAGCAACUCCGAGGACAAAAGCAUCAGAGUCUGGGACAUGUCCAAGCGCACCGGGGUGCAGACCUUCCGGCGCGACCAUGACCGCUUCUGGGUGCUCUCAGCUCACCCCAACCUCAACCUCUUCGCCGCAGGGCACGACGGGGGCAUGAUCGUGUUCAAGCUGGAGCGGGAGCGGCCUGCCCACGCCGUGCACGGCAACCUGCUCUACUACGUCAAGGAUCGCUUCCUGCGGCAGCUCGACUUCAGCAGCUCCAAGGACGUGGCUGUCAUGCAGCUGCGGAGUGGCUCCAAGUUCCCUGUGUUCAGCAUGUCCUACAACCCCGCCGAGAACGCAGUCCUGCUCUGCACUCGAGCCAGCAGCCUGGAGAACAGCACCUACGACCUGUACAGCAUCCCCCGGGACACCGACGCCCAGAGCCCCGACGCCCCCGAGGGGAAGCGAUCCUCAGGCCUCACUGCCGUCUGGGUGGCUCGGAACCGCUUCGCUGUGCUGGACAGGAUGCACUCGAUCCUGAUCAAGAACCUGAAGAAUGAGAUCACCAAGAAGGUUCAGGUGCCCAACUGCGAUGAGAUCUUCUACGCCGGCACCGGCAGCCUGCUGCUGAGGGACUCCGACUCCAUCACCCUCUUCGACGUGCAGCAGAAGAGGACCUUGGCCUCGGUGAAGAUCUCCAAGGUGAAAUAUGUGAUCUGGUCUGCAGACAUGGCCCACGUGGCCCUGCUGGCCAAGCACGCCAUCAUGAUCUGCAACAGGAAGCUGGAGUCGCUGUGCAGCAUCCACGAGAACAUCCGAGUCAAGAGUGGGGCCUGGGACGAGAGUGGAGUCUUCAUCUACACCACCAGCAACCACAUCAAAUACGCCGUGGGCACGGGGGACCAUGGCAUCAUCCGCACCCUGGACCUGCCCAUCUACGUGACGCGGGUGAGGGGCACCAACGUCUACUGCCUGGACCGGGAGUGCAGGCCGCGGGUGCUGGGCAUCGACCCCACCGAGUUCCGCUUCAAGCUGGCACUCAGCCACAGGAAGUACGACGAGGUGCUGCACAUGGUGAGGAAUGCCAAGCUCGUGGGGCAGUCCAUCAUUGCCUACCUGCAGCGCAAGGGGUACCCCGAGGUGGCUCUGCACUUCGUCAAGGACGAGAAGACUCGGUUCAGCCUGGCGCUGGAGUGCGGCAACAUCGAGAUUGCUCUGGAGGCAGCCAAGGCUCUGGAUGACAAAAGCUGCUGGGAGAAGCUGGGGGAAGUGGCUCUGCUGCAGGGCAACCACCAGAUCGUGGAGAUGUGCUACCAGCGCACCAAGAACUUCGACAGGCUCUCCUUCCUCUACCUCAUCACAGGCAACCUGGAGAAGCUGCGCAAGAUGAUGAAGAUUGCGGAGAUCCGGAAGGACAUGAGUGGGCACUACCAGAACGCUCUGUACCUGGGGGACGUGGCAGAGAGAGUGAGGAUCCUGAGGAACUGUGGCCAGAAGUCCUUGGCCUACCUGACAGCUGCCACCCAUGGGCUGGAUGAGGAAGCUGAGAGCCUGAAGGAGACCUUUGAUCCUGAGAAGGAGGCGGUCCCAGCCAUUGACCACAGUGCCAAGCUGCUGCAGCCUCCUGCCCCUGUCAUGCCCCUGGACACCAACUGGCCCCUGCUGACUGUCUCCAAGGGCUUCUUCGAGGGCACCAUUGCUGGCAAAGGCAAGGGAGGUGCCCUGGCAGCUGACAUCGACAUGGACACGGUGGGCACCGAGGGCUGGGGAGAGGAUGCAGAGCUGCAGCUGGACGAAGAUGGCUUCGUGGAUGCUGGAGAAGGCUUCGGAGAGGAAGGCCUGGCCAAGGGGCAGGAGGAAGGAGGGGGAUGGGAGGUGGAGGAAGAUUUGGAUCUGCCUCCUGAGCUGGACGCUGCUGCUGGCCCUGCAGGAGCAGCAGAGGAAGGAUUCUUUGUGCCACCCACCAAGGGCACCAGCCCGGCCCAGGUGUGGUGCAACAACUCUCAGCUUCCUGUCGACCACAUCCUGGCAGGCUCCUUUGAGACAGCUAUGAGGCUGCUGCACGACCAGGUGGGAGUGACCAACUUCGGCCCCUACAAGCAGCUGUUCCUGCAGACCUACGCCCGCGGCCGCACCACCUACGCGGCGCUGCCCUCCCUGCCCGCCCUCUACGGCUACCCUCACCGCAACUGGAAGGACGGGGGUGGCCUGAAGAGUGCCCUCCCUGCCGUGGGGCUGAAGCUGAACGACCUGAUCCAGCGCCUGCAGCUCUGCUACCAGCUGACCACGGCCGGCAAGUUCGAGGAGGCGGUGGAGAAGUUCCGCUGCAUCCUGCUCAGCGUCCCCCUGCUGGUGGUGGACAACAAGCAGGAGAUCGCCGAGGCCCAGCAGCUGAUCGCCAUCUGCCGCGAGUACAUCGUGGGGCUCUCCAUGGAGAUCGAGAGGAAGAAGCUGCCCAAGGACACCCUGGAGCAGCAGAAGAGGAUCUGUGAGAUGGCAGCCUACUUCACCCACUCCAACCUGCAGCCCGUCCACAUGAUCCUGGUGCUCCGCACUGCCCUCAACCUCUUCUUCAAGCUCAAGAACUUCAAGACCGCUGCCAGCUUCGCCCGGCGCCUGCUGGAGCUGGGCCCCAAGCCCGAGGUGGCUCAGCAGACCCGCAAGAUCCUCGCUGCCUGCGAGAAGAACCCCAGCGACAGCCACCAGCUGAGCUACGACAUGCACAACCCCUUCGACAUCUGCGCCGCCUCCUUCCGCCCGCUCUACCGCGGCAGGGCCCUGGAGAAGUGUCCCCUGAGCGGCGCCUGCUACAGCCCCGAGUUCCGCGGGCAGCUCUGCCGAGUCACCACCGUGACAGAGAUCGGCAAAGACGUCCUGGGGCUGCGGAUCAGUCCCCUGCAGUUCCGCUAGGAGCUGCCUCGGCCGGGCAGGGACCUCCCCCAGCUGCCCAGCAGGGUGGGAACCUUCAGCCCCCAGCCCCCUGCUGCCUGUCCUGCCCAGGCUGUGUCCUGCCCAGGCUGAGUCCUGCCUGGGCCCUGUCCUCUUUGCCCUUCCCCACCCAGGCAGUUGUCAGUUGUGCUGCUCCCUCCCAGCCCCAUGGAAUAGCCUCCCCCAGGCCCUGUUGUUGUCUCUCCUGCCCUUGCCCCAAGUUGUUUCUCCUGCCAAGCUCUGCAGAAGCUGAUGGGGGGCAGCAGCUGCCCCUGAGAGCCUUCAGCUUUGGGCUCCUGCAGGAAGGGCUCCAGGCCCUGCUGACCCCCCCGGGAGUGUGGCCCUGGCUGCUGCUGGGCCCUGCCUGGGCUCUGCCUGCCCAAGUGUCAAGGGCACAGCUCAGGCUCCUGCUGCUGUUGUGUUGUGUCCUCCAGGCAAGCAGCUUCUGAAUAAAGGCCUCUGAGCUCCCUUGGGC